AUGAUAUGUGUGAGGUCAACGUGUUUUAAGUGCGGGCCAUGCAGACCAAAAUGGAUGAAAAUGGUUGAUAAUUUGUAUUCUGGCAGCCCUCAGGAUACUAAUAACCAUAAUAAACUCAUACAUUAUUGCUUACACCAACCCGAUAAGCUGGAUCGAAUUGCCAAGUACUUGCACCUGAGACUCUCACAGGAUCUCAGUAGGCGUUAUGAUCAAAAUAUAUCGAUAUCCGUCAAAGCUAUUGACAAACUAAUCCAAGUUUGUCAUGGUCACAGACUAGUUCUGGCUAUUAGUUUUUUGAAAAUGAUUCAACUACUUCUGGAGACUAAUCGCAUGGACCUACAAAUAAUGGCGUCUAAGUCGUUUGUAGAGUUUUCUAAGAUAGACGAUGAUUCUCCCAACUAUCACAAGGAAUGUAAUGAGAUUCUUGACCAUUUUGCUGCUAUGGCUCACGCAUCUUUUUCCAACCCACAAGAGCGUAACGCUGUCAGAGUGGCAGGUAUACAAGGAAUCCAAGGUGUUGUUCGUAAAAUGGUCAGCGACCAACUGAUACUGGAAGUUCACGAGUCGAAUAUGGACAAAAUCGUACUUCCACUCCUAUUCAAUAUGUGUGACAAGUUUGAACUAGAUUCCAAUUCAAAUGAAUCGCAAUGUGAUCCUUCACAAGAAGCUGUAUAUGUGUUCGAAGAUAUUGUUAGACAAGCUUCUUAUACAAAUAUCAAACCUGUGGUAACAUCUAUUUUAACGCAUUUAGAUAAUCAUAAAUUGUGGGAUCCUUGUGAUUUUCCUUUACUCAUAUUUCAAUAUCUUUUGGAUUCACUCAAGACAACUCAGGUGGCGCACAGUUUAGUCAAACAAUUAGUUGCUCAUCUCAGCUUACAUGAAUCCGACUUCACAUUGUCUGAACGUACAAGUUUAGUUCAGGUUAUCGGACUAGUUGUAAUUAGUUUAGCAAAGGGAGCAAUCGGACCAGAUGUAUUUCAUAAUUUCAAAUCAUUACUUCAAAUCUUAAAAGCCAGUAUUGAUAAAACUUCACAAUAUCUGAUCCCGAACAACCUUCAUUUAAUGAUUCCAAUCGAAAAUUAUCUGGUGAACGUCAGUUUCAAGAGGCAAUUAUCAAUACUAUAG